AUGGCGCCAGCUGCCAUCUCCCAGAGGGUGAAAGUCCUGGAUGAGGUCACGGGCUACCUGGGGCAGGAAGUCACCCUGCCGUGCACGUUUGUGUCAACGGGCAAUGAGAUCAAGGUCAGCCAGGUCACCUGGAUGAAGGAAGCUGCGGGCAGGAAGCAGAAUGUGGCCGUCUUCCACCCAGACCACAAGCCCAGCUACCCGUUGGAGACGGAGCGUGGGCGGAUCCGCUUCAGGACCCAGACCCUGGAGGACGCUACGCUGAUCAUUGGCCCCCUGCGAAUGGCCGACGAGGGCACCUACGCCUGUGAAUUCGCUGCGUACCCCUCGGGCAACGAAGACGGCAUCACCAACCUGGUUAUACUGGCCAAGCCCGAAAACACGGCCGAAGCCCAGGAGGUCAAGGUUAGCAACCUCGAACUCCCUGUGGCCGUCUGCACCUCCGCCAGGGGGAAGCCGCCGGCCCGCAUCACGUGGCAGUCGGGGCUGAACGGCAACGCCACCGUCUCGGAGGUGACCAACGCGGAUGGCACGGUCACCGUCACCAGCUACUACCGCAUGGUGCCCACCAAGGAAGCCAAUGGGCAGCAAAUCACCUGCACUGUGGAGCACAAGACGCAGCCACAGCCAGAAGCUCUUCCGGUGGUGCUUUCAAUAUUGUAUCCUCCCGAGGUCACCAUAGAGGGAUAUGACGACAACUGGUAUUUGAGCCGCAACGAGGCCAUGCUCAAGUGCACCGCCAAGGGGAACCCUCCGCCCACCGAGUUCACCUGGAGCACGGCCAAUGGGCCGCUCCCAAAGACUGUGGAGGUCCAGGGAGACAAACUCUUGGUGCGCAAUGUGGAUGCUUCAGUGAACACCACUUUUAGAUGCCAGGCCACCAAUCGCGUGGGACAGGUUUCGACAGACCAAGUCAUCUUUGUCCGAGAUAAGCCCAACAUGGAAGGGGCAGGCACCACAGGGGGGAUCAUUGGUGGCCUGAUUGCAGCCAUUGUGGCCGUGGCUGUGGUGGCCACCGGCAUCCUGAUCUGCCGCCAGCAGCAGAAGAACCGGAUGGAUCGCGAGGAGGACGACCAGGAAGGACCUCCUGCGUACAAGCCGCCCCCACCCUGCCAGUUGUCUGACGAAACAGAACCGGUUCCCACUCCCAGUGAGGCUGAGAGUAUCCCGCUCAAAGCACCCUUUUAUGAACCCAGCAUCACAGACGGUCUCUUUGGCGGGGUCGCUGCCACCGCAACGGAGGAGGCCCCGCGAUACCACGAGCUGCCAACGCUGGAAGAGCGAGAGGCGGCGGCAGACGCUGGCCCCGGCAUGGAGGACGAAUAUCUGGACCAGAUCAACCCCAUUUAUGACGCACUCUCCUUCGCAGCCACCGAGGAAGAGGCCGCCAUGGCUCCCAUGUCCACCGACAAGGCCUUUAUCAUGUCCAGGGCUAUGUAUGUCUGAGCCCUGAGGCUGGAUUUCCACCCGAAGCCCAAAGAUGAGGAUGCUGUAUCUCACGCUGGUCCUGGAGAGAUGCUGCUUCUUUUGACGCUAUAUCCUCUGUUAGAUGCCCAGCGCGGUUCCAUUGAAAAUCCCGGGUUUCUUUUGUGCCUUAGAUAGGCAGGAGCACGUCCUGCUCAAAGCAGGCCUUCUCAUUCCUUCUGUUCCUUCUCCAGCCAGGCCAGAGCUAGGGACUGUCCCCCAGCAUGCCAAACACACGUAGUGCCUUCAUCUUUUGCCUUUUGAAAUGGGCCUGAUGGUGGCUUAUACCCUCCCAGCCUCCCCCAAAGUCCAGUGGACCUUCCUGAGCCAAAUUUCCCUGACCCUGAGCCAUCUGGCUGUCGGACAAAUGCUACGUUUACAAUAGAAACCAGAGUCCUCAGAACCACUUCCCAUGCGUGGAUGCAGGGGCCAAGUACCUCUUGCAACUUCUCUCCCCCCCCCCCAUG